ACGCUGCGAUGGGGCGAGUGUUCGCGCUCUGUGUCUUAUCUGGAGAAACUCGAACGAGCGAACGAAAGGGAAACCGAUGGCGGAAAAUAAACCUCAAAUCCCCUCGAUGUGGGCGCCGCGCUCUCGGGCCCUCGCCGCGUUCGACCAUGGCUUCCAUGGCGUCUUUCCUCUCGUCUUCCAGGUCUCUCUUCUCCCAUUCCUCCACUGGCGUCUUUACCCUCGCCCCUAUAACCCUGGUGAGAAAGCCCCCGACUCGAACCACCCCAUGGAUCAAGGCCGCGAGUUCCGCUGAGCCGGAGAAGGAGAAGCUUGUCCAGACUCCCACCGGAGCGCCGCCUUCCCCCGCCUCCCCUCCCAGGCCAAAGAAGCCCGAGUACUCAAUGAAGAAAGGGCAAAUUGUACGUGUGGACAAAGAGAAGUACCUAAAUAGCAUCAAUUAUUUAUCUGUUGGCCAUCCACCUCACUAUAAAGGGUUGGACUACAUAUAUGAAGACCGUGGUGAGGUCUUGGACCUACGAAUUUUUGAAACUGGGGAGCAUGCUCUUGUUGCUUGGGUUGGGAUACCGACCCCACCAGCAUGGCUGCCUACUAAUAUGCUUAUCAAGUCGGAAAAGCUUAACUAUGAGAGAAUAUGACCUUGGAAUCCCUACUUUAGUCUUGGGCAAUGUCAAAUGGUGCUCUUUGCUCUCCUUACUCUCACAGCUCACAAGGAGGCAUUGCAACAUUUUUGUUGAGGAUUCAUAUUGGUUGUUGAUGCAAGCUGCCUGCAUGGGCAUUCUUCACUGUUUUUCUUGUCUAGCUGAAUUAUGUAGCGAGCUAGGUCAAGGUUUGUGAUUUUGAUUGUCAUUAGUUGCUGGAACACAGGGCAUUGGCUGCCUUGUGGUAAAAUAUCGGACAUUCUCCCUGUGAAAAAAAAAUGCUCUUUGUUUAAAAUUUGAAUGUGAUAGCACUUGAAUCUUGAUAUCUAUAUAUAUUGUAUCAUUGUCAGGUGCGACGCUUAACCAGUAUUGCUUUCAAGCUAGACCAUAUCUACAUCUUAGUAGAUAUAUCAAUUUGUUGUAUGAUUUAUUGUAAUGUGAUAAUAGAUGAAUUAAAAUCUCUUUGCCUGA